AUGAGUUUCGACAAUAAUCCUUCUGCAGCACAACAAGAUGCUUGGAAAAGAGAGCAAUUAGAGCUAAGGUCAAGAUUGAUAGAAGUUGACGAUUUAAGUUUUUCAAAAAAAAUUAUUGAAAAAAAUAAAAAACAAUGUAUAGAAUUCGAAGGAUUAAAUUAUAUAGGUGGAGUUGAUUUAAGUUUUAUUGAAAAUAAUAAUGAAGAUGCAGUAGCUUCACUGGUUGUCUUAGAAUACCCAAGUUUAAAAGUAAUCUAUGAAAAUUUUAAAAUGGUUAAACUAAAACUUCCAUACAUUGCUGGAUUUUUGGCAUUUCGAGAAGUCACACCGUUACAAGAAUUACUUCAAAAUCUUCGACAAACUAAUCCUAAUAUAUUUCCUCAAAUUGUAAUCGUUGAUGGUAAUGGUAUACUACAUCCAAGAAAAUUUGGAUUGGCUAGUCAUUUGGGUGUAUUGGCAGAUGUUCCUACCAUUGGGGUUGGUAAGAAUUUUUUGCAAAUUGAUGAUGGAAAUGAAUUAACCAUGUCACAUGUGAAACAGACAGUUAAAGAAAAAUUGAAGAAGGGUGGAGAUUCAUAUUUUCUUUGUGGUGUUUCUGGCACAAUCUAUGGCGCG